AUGACUAAAACUUAUUUUCUUACUGGCGCUAAUCGUGGUAUCGGACUUUCUAUGGCCAAGCAAUUGGCUGAAGAUCCCAAUGUGGAGCUCAUUUUAACCGCCAGAAACCCUACUGGUGCCGCAGAAUUGCAAGACUUGGCCAAAACCAACACUCGUGUUAAGCUCGUUCAAUUGGACGUGAGUGAUGAGAACAGUAUCAAGAAAGCUGUCGCAGAAGCUGCAAAAUUGACCGAUUCGAUUGAUGUCUUCAUCAACAAUGGAGCCAUUGGUCAAGCUUUUACUCCUGUCUUGAAGACACCAAAGGGGCAAUGGGUUAACCAUUACAACACCAAUGUUGUGGGACCAAUUCUUUUGCUCCAGCACAUCAUCCCGCUCAUCGAGAAGGGAAGUGAUAAAAGAAUUAUUUUCAUUUCUUCUUUGGUUGCCUCGUUAGGAACGACUCUUCCAAUCAACUUCUCUGCUUAUGGUCAAUCGAAGGCUGCUCUCAAUUACACCAUCAAGGACUUGGCUAAGGAAAUUGGAAAGGACGGUUUCACUGUUGUCGCUGUCCACCCUGGUGUGGUUGGAACCGAUAUGGGCCACGAUGCUGGUAGACUUCUUGCUGAGGAGGACCCAUCUUCUAGUGAAUUCUUCAAGCUGGCUGAAAUUAUUACUCCUGACAAGAGUGCUGAAAGUUUGAUUGACUUGUUCAAGGGUUUAACCACUGAGUCCAAUGGAAAGUUUCUCAGUUAUGACAAGUCUGAACUUCCAUGGUAG